CCCCACACAUUUCUCUCUCUAUAAAACCCACCCUUCACUCCCUCACUCCUCUGCAAAAACAGGCUUAUACAAUUACUCACCAACUCGUUCCACAAACACAGCAUCACCAUUUUCCUCUCUCAUUCCCCCCACAAUGCUCCCACUACUCUCUCUCUUGCUCAUCUCCCUCCUCUUUUCCUCUUUCCCAGUUCUUGAGGUUUCAGCGGCGUCAGUCAUACUGUACAACAAGUGUUCACACCCUGUUUGGCCGGCGAUCCAACCCGGCGCCGGCAAACCCCUUUUGGCCCGAGGAGGCUUUAUGCUCCCACCAAGCAAGGCCUACGCUCUUAAGGUUCCUCCUCUCUGGUCCGGCCGCUUCUGGGGCCGUCACGGCUGCGCCUUCGACGCAUCUGGCCGUGGUCGCUGCGCUACCGGGGACUGCGGCGGAUCCCUCUUCUGCAACGGCAUCGGCGGUACCCCACCGGCCACCCUCGCGGAGUUCACUCUGGGCAACGACCAAGACUUCUACGAUGUCAGUCUCGUCGACGGCUAUAACCUCCCCAUCUCCAUCACCCCAUACAAGGGAUCUGGCAAAUGCAGCUACGCUGGUUGCGUCAGUGACCUCAAUCUGAUGUGUCCGGCGGGCCUUCAGGUCAGGUCUCACGACAAGAGAGUCGUGGGCUGCAAAAGCGCCUGCUCCGCCUUCAACUCGCCGAGAUACUGCUGUACUGGAACCUAUGGAACCCCUCAGGCCUGCAAGCCGACGGCGUACUCCAGGAUCUUCAAGACGGCGUGCCCUAAGGCUUACUCUUACGCCUACGACGACCCCACCAGCAUCGCCACCUGCACUAAGGCCAACUAUCUCAUCACUUUCUGCCCUCGCCGUCGACGUUGAUCUGUUCUCUUCUGAAUCUCUAGUUACUGUAAAACGAAUCGGAGUUUGUUUAGUGCUGAUGGGUAGUAGUGGAAUGAGUUUGGUUUAGUGUACUGUGAUAGUAAUGGAGAUUAGCAUGGUUUUAUGUUCUUGGUGGCUUUUGAUUGCUUCAUUAUGUUCUCUUCUACUUGGUCUGGUUCUGUAGUGGACGAUUAUUAAUUCCUUGAUUAAUGCGAAAGUGAGUCCCGGUUGUUCGAUGA